AUUACCUGUAAAAUCGUAUCUCGGAGCCUUUCACGAAUCGGUUUGUGCACCCGAGGGCUGAGCAAGCAAUAGGCAUGGUCCUAAAGCUGCAGCGGCGUUAAAUUAUGAGACGAAUUAGAAAUAAUCUAAUUCAAAUCCAUGUAAUAAAUAUGCAGAUAUUUAGAUAGUGCUAACACAAAUGAUAACAGUGGACCAGCGUAUACUGCUGUCUGUAAAUACAACCAGGUCACGCUAGCGUUUUCUUUUUUUUUUUUUUUUUUUACAUAACCGUUACACCGCCCUCUAGUGGCUGGAGUACAUUUCACAAUAAUAAAGGUCCUUCAGGAAACGCAUAGUUAGUUUGGCAGAUUAUCACGAAACCACAGAUUGCCAUAGCUACUAUAGAGUAUUUUAGCAUAGUAAUUAGUUCCAUUAUAGUACUAUAUUCAGCAAUAUUAUUAUCUUUUAAUAGAACAUGGCGAAAUAAGCUCCGAAAUAAGCUUGUGAAAACAGUUGUACACCUCUAUUGUGAAGUAAAGCUAGACAGAGUGUAGAAUAACCCGGAUGUAAAUCUUGUCUAAGCGAAGUUGCAUGUAAAUAAAUGGAUUUUGUAGUGUUAAGGUUACUUUCGGGAAAGUCGGGAAUUCUUCAUGGAGCAUUUUGAGCAGGAUUUAGUCGAGGCUCUCAGGGAUGUUGUGAAAGCCGGGAGCUGGCAGUGUGUGGGAGAAGCAGCCAAGUUCAAGUCAGCAUGCACCAAGUUGUACUCUGAGGAUGGAGAGCAUAUCGUUGUUGUGCGAACAGAAGAUGGACGGUUUUGGGCGAUGGAUUCAUCCUGCCCACAUGAAGGGGGUCCACUUGACCAAGGAGACAUCGAGGACCUUGGAGACGGCAAACUGGCACUAAUAUGCCCAUGGCAUGAUUUUGAUUUUAGCCUGGAGACAGGUUCAUCCUCCACAGGACUGCAGAAUCAAGUCUACAAGGUGAGAGUAGUGGAUGGAAAACUGUAUAUAAAUACUCAAAGUAGCUUGUCUCUUUACCCAGUCCCUGUGACGAAAAAGGCAAUCCAAGAUGCCUUGUUACCCAUGGACACAAAGUUCGAAUCAUCAGAAAACACACUCUGCUCCUGGGCCACGAAAAUCCUCUGUACUCCAGACCCACUUGAAAAGGUGGCUUUGACUAAGCAGGUGCAGAGCUGGUGGGACACUGGGGAAAUAACAGAGAUUGGUGAGUGUGCACCACCGGCUCAGCCUAGCAGAAUAGAUAGUCUGACUGUGGUGGAGCCGGGCAAAAUCAAACGUGGCAAAGGAGGCACUCAGGCAAGCAGAAUUGCUUUGCUUCAUUCUCUGGCUAAUAUAGAGCAGUGGGCUAUUGACCUCUCAUGGGACAUCAUUGCUCGAUUCUCUACAGUCAAGCUGAGCUCAGGAGACUCACUACCACAAGAGUUCUUCAGUGACUUUGUCAAAGUAGCCAGUGAUGAAGCCAAGCAUUAUGAAUUAUUAGAGCAAAGGAUCAAGGAGCUUGGCUCCUCUUUUGGUGCCCUUCCAGUACAUAAUGGUUUGUGGCAAUCAGCAGCAGAAACAUCACAUGAUCUUCUGUCUAGGCUGGCUAUAGUACACAUGGUCCAUGAGGCUAGGGGCUUAGACGUGCACCCUCAGACACUGUCCCGCUUUGCAGCACAGGAAGACACAAGCUCAGUAAAGAUCCUGGAGGUGAUUUAUGCUGAUGAGAUAACACACGUGGCUGCAGGACUCCGAUGGUUCACUUACAUUUGCUCCAAGGAGGAACGGGAUUGUCUGGCAACAUUCCACGACUUGGUUAAAUUGCAUUUCAAAGGGUAUCUGAAGCCUCCAUUCAACAUAGAGGGAAGGAAGACAGCAGGAAUGACAGAGGAGUGGUAUGUUCCACUUGUUAAACCGUCCAGCUGACUGAAGAUCUCCUGCAACAUUUCAGCCGUGAAGAUAAGCUGCUGCUCUUGCACCAGUAUAUACCCUCAGUCUGCCAGUAUCGAUAUCUCCAUUACUGUAAACACAUGGUUUACCUGAUUUUAGUUUCUAUUUGCUGUUGUGAAAUGGUUAUUUAUACAGAAAAAAGUAUUGCUUCAAUGUACAAUUAGUUUUAUUAUCUGAAAUCUUAAUGCAGUGCCAAUUAGUAAUAGUAUAAUCAUUAUCAUUAUUAAUAGUAUAAUCAGUCAUAGUAUAAUCAUUUCUUGCAAGGAAAUCUAAUGCAUUUCUUGGUACAAACAGUAAAUUACAUUAUGGGGUCCAAAAGUCUGCGACCACUAGUGAAAAUGCUUUGAUUUUGAUUAUUUUCUUACGGAAUAGAAUGUUUUACGUUGCAAAUAAAAUUAUUAGCAACAGCUUUGAGUGAAGAGUUGAAUCUUAGAAAUAUCCACAUAAGUUUCAUAAUUUCUUUGUGUUUGGUAUGUCCCUGUUUGCUUUAAUGUCUAAAACCUGACGAUCCAUGCUAGAUCAGAACCAUCGGAGUGUUCUCUGAACACGUGCUUUAAUGGACGGAAUAAGAUUCAGAGUAAAUCAGACAUUUGGUUCAAAUGAGUUAACAUGGUAAAAAUCACAAAUGUGCAUAAUGUUACCGGGCAGAAUCUUGAAAUCCUGAAUAUUCGAGACGUUGAACAUUUUCCUUUCUUUGCUUUCAUUUUUUUUUUCUUCAAAAUUCUAAAACAUAUUGUUUAUUUCCAGUUUAAACACGUACGCAGUGGUGUCCAAAAGUCUGAGAUCAUAUUG